GAAAAAAGGAGUAUGAAAGUGAGUUUGUUCACAAUUCGCAACCUAUUAAAACAGAGAGGGAGAGAAACACAAAACUUCCUCAAUAAACCAACGCAUAUAUGCAUACACAAAUUCUGUCGUCAAAUUUACACAGAUUUAAUAUCUUCUCAUCCAUCACACUUUGCUGCGUAGUUUAGCAUAAGAGUGCGAGAAAUUAGGCGUUACUUGUUUUCUUUCUUUAGGGGGACAAAAUUCAGCGAUUAACAUUUUUAUUUACACACUCAGAAGCGACAUAAAACGACCUAGGCGGCGGCGAGUGAAAAGGAGUAGGGUUUUCUUCGCGACUAUUGAGGGUAUAGAUUUCUAGUUUCUCAAUCGUAAUCCACAGAAAUCAGGCUUAGUCUAUUUUUUUAGCCAUACAUAUAUAAAAGGACUGUUUCUCAUUUUUGGGGGAUUUUGCGAGUUGCUGGACUGCCCAAACCCUAGUGAUAUUUUGUGUUCGAUUAUUGGAUGGAUUUUAGGGAAUAGGGUUUGGUCAUCUAUGCUUCUAUCACAUUAUAUCUGAGGGAUUCUUCUGUUUUUGGUGUUAUAUGUGCUCAGAGCGGGGUAAAAUUUAGUGGAUUUUUGUUAAUUUACUUGCUGUUGAGAUACUUUGGUGUUGUUGGCUUGAAUAUUUUGAGUGCCGAGGCCUUUAGAAGAUGUUAUUGAAGUUUUUUCUGCAGUGGACAGGGGUAUAAGUUUGUUUUUUUUCUGGCUGAUAGAGUGGAGAAGUUCUUAAUUGACUUGAUAUAUUAUACAUAUUGGAUAGAGGAAAGCCUAAGUUGCAUGCAUUCUGCAUUUGAGAUUUAUUUGUACACGCCUUGCGGACUAGAUACGUGUUUUUUCAAUUCCUUCUUGGAAUUCUUGCUGAUGAGUAACGGAGAAGGCCUUUAGUGGAGUCAGGUGGAGAUUAGCAAAAUUGGAUUUAUGGUGAAGGGAAUUAUCAGUGAUUCAGUAUCCAGUUGUCUUUUGUGACGACGGACAUUUGAUUUUGCCUGGAAGUUGAAAGCGUGGCAAUAAUUGUCACGUGUGCGAAAAUGGUUGCAUAGUCAUUUACUCUAAUAAAGGGUGGGAUUUCUCUUCAUUUAUUGUUUCAUACAAGAUAAUGUUUAGUGCUAGUUAUGGAAAGAAGUGAGCCCGCUUUAGUACCAGAAUGGUUGAAAAAUGCCGGAAGUCUGAAUGGAGGCAGCAGUUCAUCAAAUUCAGAUGAUCAAACCUCAUUGAAGCUUGCAAGAAAUAAGUCAUUUGCGAAGAGUAAUGGUCAUGAUUUUGGACGAUCUUUUAGUUCUGACAGAACUACCUCUUCAUAUUUUCGCCGAAGUUCUAGUAGUAAUGGUUCUGGUCAUCUGAGCUCUCAUAGUAGUUUUGGCAAGCAACAUGAUAGGGAUUGGGAUAGGAAUACAUAUGAUUCCCGAGAUAGGGAAAUGUCAAUCAUGAGGGACCGUAGGCGGUGGGACUCAUCAGAUGGAUCAGGAGCCACCUUGUUAAGUAAAUAUGAGAGGGAUGGGUUCAGCCGUUCUCAUUCAAUGGUUUCUGGGAACAAUGUAGGCACAUGGCACAAGAACGCUAUAACUGAUUCGAGCACCACUGUUGGAACCAAAGCCAAUGGUUUACUUAUUAACAGCAGGCCCAUUGGUGGAGUGAAGAAAACAUUUUUUGAAAAAGAUUUCCCAUCAUUGGGGUCUGAAGAAAGAACAGUUAUUCAUGAGGUUGGAAGAGUCCCAUCUCCUGGUUUGGGUUCUGCUAUUUUGGGCUUACCUUUAGGCUCCUCAACCAUUGCCAAUGGCGAAAAAUGGACUUCAGCUUUGGCAGAGGUUCCUGUUCUAGUUGGAAGCAAUAGUAAUGUCAUCUCUCCUGUACAGCAGGCAGCAACACGAAGUUCUACAGUGGCUUUGGGCUCAUGUGCCAAUCUCAAUAUGGCAGAAGCAGUAGCUCAGGCUCCUAAUCGUGGUCAAACUACUCCAUCGUUACUUGUGGGAACUCAGAGACGUGAAGAACUGGCUAUCAAACAAUCUAGGCAAUUAAUCCCUGUAACGCCAUCAAUGCCUAAAACUUUGGUCUUCAGUUCGUCAGAUAAACAGAAAAAUAAGGUGGUUGGGCCUGUGAAGGGUGAUGUUUUAAAAGCAUCAAAUGCGGGGAAGCUCCAUGUUCUCAAGUCAGUGCGUGAAAAGAAUGGUACUGCUCCUGCUAUGAAGGAUAGCUUGAGCCCAACAAGUAGUAGCAAACUUGUGAGUUCUACACUUGCUGCUCCAUCUGUUUCUGGAUCAACUGCAACUAGAGGCUCAACAAACAAUCCAGUCCAUGGCCGCAAGCCUGCAUUUACUGUGCUGGAUAAGCGACCCACUUCCCAAGCUCAGAGCCGAAAUGACUUUUUCAACUCAGUGAGGAAGAAAUCUUUGGAGAAUUCUUCUUCUAUUACUGGUUCGCCAACAGCAAACUCCUCACCUGUUGUGGAGAUUAACACUGCUAUUUCACCAUCCUCUUCAGAUAAGUCUGAGAUGGAGGUUAUGUGUGGUAAUACUUCUCAGGGUGGUGAAACUUCCUUAGGUGUAAGCUUGGGUAGGGAUAAUUUGCCUGAGAUCAGAGGUGACAUAAAGGAAAAUGUUGGUAAUUGUAAUGCGCAGAAGCAUAUUAGUAAUGGAGUGAAGCACCCUAGCUUAGAUCUUAUAUUCCCAGAGGAGGAAGAAGCUGCAUUAUUACGUUCUUUGGGAUGGGAGGAAAAUGCCGAGGGUGACGAAGGUGGUCUUACUGAAGAAGAAAUUAAUGCUUUCCGCGAGGAUAUUACUAAGUACAUCAAUUCAAAGCCAUCCUUCAAAAUCUUGAAAGAGGCGCCGCCAAAAAUCUUUCCGUUUGACUCACAUAUUGGAGGCGUGUCUACUGGAUUGAGUUCUUCUGACACUAAGCUGGAAUCUUGAGGUGCUGAUUUCUACUGAGAUCCUUGUUUUGUGGAGGGCCUUUUUUCUUUCUUGGUUAGCUUGUGGAAUACUUACCGUGCUAGCCACCAGUCAGUGUUUGCACGAAGUUGAGUGCUUUGAGCCUAAGAUAGUUUAGGUGUUUCGUGGAAGUUGGAUAGGAAUAAUUUACUGAUGAUACAUCCUGAUGAUUACUUAUAGUGACCGUGUCCCUUUUCUUUGGGUGGGGAUAAGAGUUUUUCAUAAGGUCACAAAAAUUAGCGAAGAGAAUAGAAUACAGUAGAUUUUUAUGAAGUUUUCUGCUCCAAGACUGCUCUGCUAAGUGUGGGUCUUAACAGUGUUUACCUUUUGAAAAAUAGGGGAAUGUUUUGAACAAUUGAUAUAUUGUUUCUUUUGUUCGGGGAAAAGGGUUAAUCUCCAGUUAGUAAUGUUUUUUUA